CGUAGUAUAAUUUUAUCUUAAAGAAAGUGAUACAAUAAUAAUAGACAAGAACAUGAGGCUCGAUUCGAAACUGGCCAAGUUGAAUUAUCCUCGUCAUCUUCGUCGAAAAAUAUUUGUGAGAUCAGCUUUGAUAUCGUAUAGUAAUAUAUAUCAUCGGUUUAGUUUCGGUACGAUGAGGAUGAAGCAAGAAGAAGAUUGGGCAGCUCAACAACCAGAAAUCGCUAUAAUCGUGGACGAGGAGGAUUCGUCUUCUCCUCUUCCUCCUCAUUCUCAGGGUGACCAUCAGGUAAAAGAAGAAUAUACUGAAUAUGUGCCGGGGAGAACCCACCUGGAUCUUUCAAUACAAAUACCCCUUAGACCAAUUCCAUUUCUUGCCGGCCAUAACUCAAAUAGUUCUCUAAAGUCCUCCUCAAACUCAUUCAAAAGCAGCAGUACAUGCUACUAUUCACCAAGAGGAAUCUUGCGUAAUCUAAGCUUGAAAAAGAAAGUUGUAGCUCACCCUGAAAGCGAGAGAAGCUCUCUACUAUCUCCCGGUCCCAUGGAAACAGCUAAAACCUCCAACACUGCCGGUUUAACAACAACUUCUCCUUAUUGGAAAAGAUGUUUGUCCCUUCCAUCUAGACAUGCAGCAAAGUUGUCUCCUGUGGUACCUUCACAGGGUCCAGUUGGUGUGCCAGGUGAACCUCCUAAUAAAGAUCCAGCAGUUCCAAGGUCAUUGUCCAUGCCUGGGGGAAACAAAGUGAUUGUGAGAUCCAUUUCUUUCGAGAACCACAAAGCUCGUGUUUCCUCUGUAACAAGCUCAGAUCAAAACUCUCCCGUUUCUACAGAAGACACCGAUGAAGAAAUUCCAGAAGAAGAAGCUGUGUGCAGGAUCUGUCUGGACGUGUGCGAAGAAGGCAAUACACUAAAAAUGGAGUGCAGCUGCAAAGGCGACCUCAGACUAGUUCACGAAGCGUGUGCCAUCAAGUGGUUUAGUACAAAAGGGACAAGAACAUGUGACGUCUGUAGACAAGAAGUGAAGAACUUACCGGUUAUAUUGCUUCGUGUGCCUACAGCUAAUCAACCAAACAACAUGCGUGAUCGCAGUCAACAGAACAUGCAGUCACAAACCGCUAGUGCUCGGCAAGAGUUUGUGGUGCUGGUUCUAAUCAGUUCAGUCUGUUACUUCUUCUUCCUCGAGCAAUUGCUGAUUCGGGACUUGAACACGCAAGCUGUCUACAUAGCAGCGCCGUUUUCGUUAAUGUUGGGCCUCUUAGCAUCCCUUUUUGCAAUCGUCCUAGCCAUCAGAGAAUACAUAUGGACAUACGCAGCACUUGAGUUUGCUCUUGUGGGCAUUUUGGUUCAUCUAUUAUAUGCUACAGUUAGGCUACCGCCAAUCUACUCUAUACUAUUUGCAGGGAUUCUUGGUUUUGCGAUAGCUGUAUGCUUAAACUCGUUGUACCUUCAUUAUUUCGCUUGGCGUAUGCGUGUUGCAGAAAGCUCAACUCAAGUAUGAAUGUAAAUCUCAGUUUGGUUUCUCUGUUAUUCAAUGAGUUUGUACCAUGGAAGUUGCUCAUAUGAUCCAGAAGUGACAUGUUAAAUGUUAAUGUAUCCACUCUUCUUGGAAUAUGUUAAUCAGAGAUUCAGAGCUCCUUUUUGUGACCCUUUUGGUGGGGACAAUGAUACUAUGUAAAAGAGAAGUUGACACUGGUGCUAUUUUUCAA